UUCUCUCAUUUCUCAAUAAAUCUCAAUCAUAAGUUUUCACAUUCUUAUUCAACUAGUCAAUCAAACUUGUCACAAGUUUGGGUUCACUCUUAAACUCUUAGUCAUUACAAUAAAUUGCCCUACAUUUACUACUCCAUAUUUAGUUGUAGUUUUUCACAAUAUGAUGACCAAAUCAACCAUCCCAAGUCUCAACUAUGAGCUAUGAAGUAAAAAUUUCAGCAAAUUCUAUGACUUCAUCCAUCCAAAAACGUAUGCCAAGUCUCAUAGAAUUCAAACCCUGAAUAUCUGUCCCACAUGCCACCCAUUAACUAUCUGCAUAUGCUCCGACCCGAACCACCGUGGGGCCGCGGCAGGGCGUCAACGUUGUUAUCCUCCUUAUUUAUGUCCUUCCUCCGUUCCCCUCGCAACAACUUCCUGCAUAACUGGCGCUGCCCUAGAAGUAGAAUUUUAGGAGCUUACAGCUCCACAUUAAUGGCAUCCAGCUUAUUUUAGCUACCUCACUCCCCUCUGCCAGUCCAUAUGAUUAUACGAAGUUGACUAUAGCUCUGGGAGGAAAGAAAGUGAGAAAUAAAGUAAGGAAAAUUUCUGUAUUAGAGACAUGGAACAUCAGACACUUCGAUCAAGCCAUUAAUGAAGGCCGAACUACUUCUUCCACUGCAAUUAAUGGCUUCUCUCAACUUUCACCUUCCUCCUUCAAUGCCUGCUUCAUUAUAUACCCUCCAAAAUAUCUCCUUUCUGGAAUACCCACCUUUCUUUACCUCUCCAAAUCCUGAAAUUUACCGAUUCUUGGAAAAUGGGGGGCUGCCGUCAUCUCGGGAAACUGUUCUUGGCAAUGAUUUCUGUGGCGGCGUUGGUCGGCGGCGGCGGUGCUCAGCCGCUGGUUCCGGCCAUUAUGGGCUUCGGAGACUCCUCUGUUGAUGUUGGAAACAAUGAUUACGUUCAAACAAUCUUCAAGGCCAAUUACCCCCCCUAUGGUAGGGAUUUCGCUAAUCAUGAGCCCACUGGAAGGUUCUGCAAUGGGAAACUAGCCACUGAUAUUACAGCUGACACUUUGGGGUUCACUAAAUAUCCCGCGGCAUACCUUAGCCCACAAGCAUCAGGGAAGAACCUUCUGAUUGGCGCCAAUUUUGCCUCAGCUGGAUCUGGUUAUGAUGAUAAAACUGCAUACCUUAGUCAUGCAAUUCCACUGUCUCAGCAGCUGCAAUAUUUCAAGGAGUACCAAAGUAAGCUAACAAGUGUGGCAGGCAGUACCAAGGCUUCUUCCAUCAUUAAGGAAGCUCUCUAUGUUGUGGGAGCUGGAAACAGUGACUUCUUGCAGAACUACUAUGUCAACCCUUACAUCAAUAAAGUCUUAUCUGCUGAUCAAUAUGGAUCUUAUCUAGUUGAUAUUUUCUCCAAGUUUGUCCAGGAUCUGUAUGGAUUGGGAGCAAGGAAAAUUGGUGUGACUUCUCUACCCCCAUUGGGAUGUCUUCCAGCAGCAAGAAACUUAUUUGGAUUUCAUCAAAGUGGAUGUGUUGAUUAUAUCAACCAGAACGCGCAGAAAUUCAACAGUAAAGUGAAUGCAGCAGCAACACAACUUAAGAAGAGCCUUCCUGGGCUCAAGCUCGUUGUCUUCGACAUCUACAAACCCCUCUACGAUCUAGUCAAAUCCCCUUCAAGUGCCGGUUUAUUGAAGCCGCGAGAGGGUGCUGCGGGACAGGCACAGUGGAGACCUCAGUGUUGUUGUGCAACUCCAAGUCACCGGGGACUUGCAGCAACGCAACCCAAUACGUGUUUUGGGACAGUGUCCAUCCUUCUGAGGCCGCCAAUCAGGUCUUGGCAGACGCACUGAUCACCCAAGGCAUUGAACUCAUUGGUUGAGUUGUCCUACUUUGUGUGCAUUCAAGACUUCAAGUUAAAGCUACCACUUUUACCUAGUGCUUUUAUUUACGCUUACGUUUGUUUUUUAUUCAUAUAAAAGAUCACAUGUCUGCCAUACUUUUUAAUCUUAAAUUCAUGAUAUGUAUCAGUAUGUCCUGUUUGAACUUUUGAAAACAAAUUUAUAUAUAUUCUUAACUUGUCUUUAACUAUAUCAGCGUUUUAGCCUCAAUAUAUUU